AUGGCCGCCGCCGACUACGACCGCGCGUACCGCCCCUACGCGCCCUCCUCCGCCGGCGACUACGACCGCCCCUACCGCAACGAGAUCGUGCCCUACGGCGACCGCCGCAUCGACCUCGUCGUCAAGCCGCCGCCGCCCACCAGGUCCCCGCCGCCGCCGUUGCCGGUCACCAAGAGCGGAGGCGGGGGCGGGAUAGGCUCCGCCUGGUGCUUCAGCGACCCGGAGGUGAAGAGGCGGCGUCGGGUGGCGAGCUACAAGGCAUACUCGGUGGAGGGAAAAGUCAAGGCCUCGUUUCGCCGGGGAUUCCGCUGGAUCAAGGACAAGUGCACCGGCUUCAUCCAUGGCUGGUAA